AUGCAUCGGGAUGAACCAACUGGUUUACUUUGAUUAAAAAAAUUUCUGUGGGCUUUUGAAUUUGGACGCACAUGAAGGUCCCUGCCGCUGCCAGUUCUGAGGUCAACUCCAUUUCCUCCACUUGAAGAAACAUUUCUUUUUUCUCUCUCUUUUUUAAAAACCCCAUGAAUCAAAUGCCUUCUUUCAAAGCCCCUGACCCCAAUUUCAAGGCCUUAGUGCAACUUCUGACAACCUCAAGCUCUGUUGUUUGACUUCCAUUGUAGAAAUUUUAUAUGGGUUGGUUGCAAAACGUCAAACUGGUUACUGGGUUUUUCUUUAAUUGAUAAUGGAGAUCACUUUUGAAAUAGUGGCCGGCAAUCAACUGAUCAUAUUAUUAUGCAUACGUGAUUAUGAUGAAUUUGGGAAUGGGGUCCCAUUUUGAUCAGGAUAUAAUAGAACAGAGCAUCUAAAGUCAACCAUGGAGAAAUGGGGAAAUUCAAUCUCAUAAUGCAGCCAGAGAUUUUGGGGGCACCCAAGAUUCUUCCCUUUUACAGUCGUUGACUACUGUUUGUGGAUCGAUGUGACACCCCUUUCAAUUUCUACUUUGAAACGUUCAAAGUAAUGGGAAUACCAACCCCAUUGUUUCCCUCUUUAUUAAGAGGUUACUUUUGCUUUAUCAAAAGUAAGGCUUCAGCUUAAAACAGAGUUCUUCGUUGGUAGGAGGAGGACAAGAGACGGCCAUCUUUAGAUCAGAGGGGUUAGUUGAGAAACCGAAAGCUAUCAAACUGCGUUACGAUAGAACAGUAUAACACGAGGAAGAGAUCAUCACCAGAGAAAGAUGGCUUUGCGUCUUGAAGUUACUCCUUGUUCUCUCAUCCUUCUUGGUUUCCUCAUUAUAAUGGUUGCACAACAAAGUGCUGCUAGGAAAUUAACAGAUGGCUAUGAUAAAGACAUCGAACAGUUUGUGAAUCUGAAAAUUAAUGAUCAAACAAACACUCAUAUAAAGGAAGUUGAUGAUGGUCACCAGAAGAUGAGCAAAAAUCAUAGUCAUGCUCAUGCAUCAUCUCACAUGGAGCAUUUAGAUCCUUUGUUAUAUGUUUUCUUCACCUUAAGUGAUUUGAAAGUUGGAAAAAACAUGCCCAUUUACUUUCCUUACUCAAGGCCAUCAGAAACUCCAAAACUACUGCCUAAAGAAGAAGCUGAUUCCAUUCCUUUCUCUACAUCACGACUUGAAUACCUUCUAAAUCUAUUCUCUUUUCCAAAAUACUCUCCCCAAGCCAAAGCUGUUGAAUAUACUCUUAACCAGUGUGAGCUAGAAUCCAUAAAAGGAGAGACCAAAUUCUGUGCCGCUUCUUUAAAAUCAAUGCUGGAUUUUGCUACAAAAAUGUUGGGAGGUGAUACUCAAUUGAAAGUUUUGACCACCACUCGUCUCUCCAACUCCACUAUCCUCCUUCAGAACUAUACAAUUUUGGAGGAACCCAGAGAAACAAUGGCUGCAAAAAUGGUGGCAUGUCAUAGUAUGCCUUACCCUUAUGCUAUUUUUUACUGUCAUUGCCAAGAAAGCAAUAACAGGCUGUUUGAGAUCUUACUAGGGGCUGACAAUGGUGAUAGAGUGAAAGCAAGUGCUAUUUGCCACAUGGAUACUUCUCAAUGGGACAAAGAUCAUGCCUCAUUUAAAGUUCUGAAAACUAAACCAGGUGCUUCUCAUGUUUGCCAUUUUGUCUCUACAGAUAGUUUAGUUUGGCUGGCUGCCUAAUGCUACUGUCUGGAUUACCUACAUAUAUAUAUUUACUUGUGCGGUUGAUUAUUUUUUGUUUUACUUCCUGGCUUGAUUUUAGGUGGUCUGUAAGUUUUGUAUAUUUAGUGUGUUAUUAGUUGAAGAUUUCUCUAUGAACUAUUUUGGUGUGUUUUUAAGUGAUCAGUAUUUAGAGAGUGUUGAUAUC